AAAAUGCAGGCCACAUUUGUUAUUCUACUAUUUGCCAUCUCUGCUGUGCUGGCCUAUCCAUCGUCCUACGAGUUCGAUGAGCCACAGGAAGGGCCCGAUUACUAUGCGGAUGCGGAUGUGGCUUUGAGUCGAGUGCGUCGUCAACUCAAUGUGCAAGGUGGUGGCAGUCCAGGCAAAGGCAUCGACUUGAGUGUGCAAGGACGUGCUCCUGUCUGGCAGAGCAACAACGGUCGCCACUCCUUCGACGUGACCGGCCAAUAUGGACAACAUUUUGGUGGUCCCUAUGGCAACAGCCGUCCCAGUUGGGGUGCUGGUGGUGCUUACACUUUUCGAUUUUAAAUGAAAGCCAAAGACAAAAUAUUGUAUUCGUAUAUUGUAAAUAAAACAAAUUUAAUUUAUAUAUA